UCAGUGCGAGACGCAACUCGGUCGAGGAUGGAUGUAGCUCCCUAGUGUUCUCUUAUCUGUCGUUCAUUUCACGCUCUGACGAAAGUAUCCACGGGAGUGAUGCCUCGCUGAGUGUAUCAGACACCAAGUGAAUAGUGGUACUGUGUGGAUGUCUCUCAUUGUCGUUUCAUUAUGAUCGAACGUGUCUUUUGUGGAAGUACUUUGAGAAGUGAUGUUAAAUGUGUCCAGGAUUUAGUGGAUACAUAACAAUGGCUGUAGCCAUAGUGGUGUGUCUUCUAGUGCUGGUUACUGCCCACGAAGAAGGACCACCGGUGAUCAAGGAGCACCCCAGCAAUAUGGUGGCACGCCGCAACGACCCCGCCACCCUCAACUGUGCCGCCUCUGGUGCCGCCCGCGUCAGGUGGUUCCGUGACGGAGAAGAGGUGGUCACCUCCACACAAGACCCUCGCUCCCACCGUGUCCUCCUGCCCUCUGGUUCCCUCUUCUUCCUCCGUGUCACUGCCACCAGGAAGGACAGUGACACAGGCACCUACUGGUGCGUGGCGUCCAAUAGCUACGGCACUACACGCUCCCACAAUGCCACACUGACCGUGGCCACCCUUGCGUAUGACUUCCAGAGCCAGGCAGAGCCCACGGUGAAGGCCAGGGUAGGUGACUCUGUCAGCCUUCCAUGUCGACCCCCCAAAGCCACUCCUCCGCCUGAGCUGACCUGGCUGAGGGACGGCCGGCAGGUGACCAACUCCAGUCGUGUCAGCGUCACUGAGGCUGGAGACCUGGUCAUCAGCCAGGCCGUCCAGGAAGACUCUGCAGCCUACGUGUGUCGAGCCCGUAAUGCUGCUGGGACCAGGGAGUCUUCUCCAACUCAACUUAUUAUUAUGACCCCUCCUUGGUUUGAAGAGAAGCCAACAAAUGUGACAGCGCCGUCGAGAGUCACGGUUGAGCUAGCGUGUCGAGCACAAGCAUCACCCACUCCCACAGUAACGUGGCGUCGGCUAGAUGGCAAGAUGCCGCUGGGUCGAGCCAGGAUAGAGGACCAACGGUUGGUGUUAGAACAGGUGGAGACUGUAGACUCCGGUGUGUACGCAUGCGAGGUGGAGAAUGAGGCAGGAAUUGCUUCUGCCCAAGCAACACUCACUAUAGUGGACGCUCCUGAGUUGACGCAACGACCACAAGAUCUUCAGGUAAUGGCUGGUGAGAGAGCUCAGUUCUCGUGCCGCGUAGAGGGCGGGCCACAGCCACUGGUGCUCUGGCGCCUUCCAACGCUUGAUAGAACGGCACUCUUAACGUCAGGACUGAGCAGGGGUCAGGCCUCAGUGUCUGAUGACGGGCACACCCUAACGAUUGAACAAGCAAAUACCCAGGACAGUGGCUCUUACCACUGCUGGGGUGUGAGCAGUGGUGGAGGUGUCAGUGGACAAGCAGAACUGGUGGUGGUACCAUCUCACCCACCACCUGUAAUAGGCGUGGGACCCCAAGACCUAACUGUUGUGCCUGGUACAGUGGCAUCCUUCCCCUGUGAGGUAGUGAGCGAAGCAGCUGAGGCCACCGUGUCAUGGUGGUACAGACCAGCCGUCCACCUGCCAUCCCGUCAACUCUCUCAAGACUCUGCUGAUCCUCGGAUCUCUCUCCCAGACAAUGGGGCCCUCAUCAUCAAGCACGUGAACCUAGACGACGCAGGAAUUUACACUUGCCGUGCCACGGCAGAUACUGGCACGGUGGAACAAGCAGCUAUACUGCGAGUAGACCAAAAUGCCAAUGCUAUUGAACCAUUGUUGUUGCCAGCUCCUCCCACUAAGCCUCGCCUCAUGGCCAUGAAUCAGACAGCAGUUCAGCUAAGUUGGCUUCCUAACUCUCAAGUGAGUGCAGCGUCGGAUCAGUGGUACACGGUGGAGUACUGGAGGCAGGGCUGGGAUGAAUGGCGUGUGGCUGACGCCCUCAUAUUGCAGGAGUCAUGUGUUGUUAGUCACCUUUCUCCAGGACACACUUAUACUUUCCUUGUCCGAGCCGUCAGUAGCAAAGGAGAGUCGUUUCCAAGUCCCUGGUCAGACGCUGUCACCACCCGUCCACCUCGUGACCCGAGUCUAACUUUGGACCAGGUCCGCCAGGUCAGCCGUCGCCUGUCACGCCCAAUCAUCACCCUCACCGUCGCUGCUAUCACUGCCCCCGACAGUGUCCUGCUCACCUGGGACUUUCUGACCCCUACAGAAGAGUCUGUGGAGGGUGUGUUGGUAUACUCGCUCGCCCAGGUGGGCACCGUGCAGGUGGCUACCGUCCUGGGUGCGUCCUCUUCCUCCCACCUGGUGCACGACCUGCGUCCCAACACCCCCUACACCUUCUUCAUCGUCCCCUUCUGGCGCAGUGUUGAGGGCACACCCUCCAACUCUCACUCACUCACUACACCUGAGGAUGUGCCUGCAGUUGCCCCUGGGGAGGUGCGUGUGACGGUGCAUGAGGAAGGCUCUGUACUCAUCAGGUGGGCGAGUGUGAGUGCUGAGGAAGCCCGCGGGGACCUGGUGGGUUACCAGGUAACAAUAAGCCACAAUGGUAGCCAGACCACAGAGACGGUGGCAAGCCCCUGGCUGGAGGCCCGCAGCCUCUUGCCUGGCCGCCUCUACACUGUGCGCGUGGCAGCCGUCACGAGCGCGGGUCCUGGACCCUUCAGUGACCCUGUCCUGCUCGAUGCUGGGCCCAGUGAUGCCCACAGCAUUCAGAGGGUCAAUAUGGCUGGAGACAAUAGUGAUUCCAUUAUGUAUGCUUCACCCCAGCCAGCGUGGCUGAUGUAUCUGCUAAUACCACUGGUACUGCUGGUGUUUGUGGUCACCUUGUUGUACGUGAGGCGCCUGCGUAAGAAAGGUCCGUCCUCUAACCCCCCACAUGCGCCCGCUCUCUACCAGGACCCGUCUAUCUAUCCAGACCAAAACUCUGUCAAUAUGUAUGGCGAGAAUAAGUUGUGGCGUCCCUCAGAGAGCGACAAGGACUCAAGUUUAUCAUCGACACGGCUCCUGCACCCACAUCAACUGGUGAAUGAAUAUGCGGAGCCACGGGUUCAGGGGCUGAGUGAGGCGACGGAACCUUAUGCCACAACGGCGUUACUGGCUCCCCCGUCACCUCAUCUGAACAACGGCAUUCCCUGGCAACACCACAGCGAUGACUCGGGAGUGCAGGUCAACUGGGCCGCAUUCCUUCCCCCUCCACCUGCGUGUCCCCCACCACUUGACCUGGGGGACACGGCAAGCGGAAGUGACCUCCAGGGGGCCAGGAAAGCCUCGUCUCUUGCUUCUCAGUACGAUAACAUGGGCAGAUCGGAGCAGUACGAGCAUCCGUGUGACGCUGCCUCGGAGCACACUUAUGAUGUGUACACACAGGUGACCCCUGCAGACUGCCGAGAAGGGUUCUUAACCUUCAAUACUCUACAGGGCCACAGCUGUCAAAAGGUCCGUGCCGACUGUCACCCUCUGCCACCUUCCGACCAGCCACGUAGCAACACACACUAGAUUCAGUGUCUGCUGCAUUUUCGGACCGCAAGUAGUAAUAUACACAUUACGUCCCAUGUCUGCUGUGCCUGCAGAUACGAGUUGCAAUUAAAUCUGCAGGCCUGCCACACACGGCAAUGCACAAACGUUUUGGCUGUGCCAGUCUGAGGUUUGUAACACACAGCAGUGCCUGUGUUACCUGAGCACACAUGGACCCACUGUUUAAUAACUCACUUUACUCGAACUAAAACACUUGUGUCAAUAGAGCCAUUGCUCGGGAACCCACGAACCUGUAAGGGCAAGCAAGGUUUGAGUGCCAGUCCACACCCCGUGUCUUGUGAAAGUGAACUAGUGGUGGAAUUCAGUAUUGGCCCACUACAAAUGUCCAGCAGAACCCUUCAGAUGUUUUCUAGUGUGUUUAGAACACUGCAAAGUUUAUAUAUGUAAUUGUCCCGACUUUCCACUUGUGUCUGGAGGGAGAAUAAUUCCAUAUGCAAGAUUGGUGAAAGCAACAACUAGAAUGACAGCCACAAAUAAAUCACAAAGUGGGCAGAAACACUGUUAAUUCUUAAUCAAUGUUGGUAUAGGUAGACGUCACCUCUCAUGACUAACACUUUAUGCUAUGACACCGCACCUCUUCCUAGUAGGCCUAUCUUAAUCUAGUGAUACUUCCUGCAUUGUCACUCCCACCUCACCCUAGAGCUAUCACCCAACCUUGGUGACACUGCUUCUUCCCCUUAGUCAUACACUCGCUUUCCCUAGUGAUACACCCUCCUCACACCCUAGUGAUACACCCCCUCACGCCUAGUGAUACACCCCCCUCACACCCUAGUGAUACACUCCCUCACACCCUAGUGAUACACCCCCUCACACCCUAGUGAUACACCCCCCUCACACCCUAG